GUCAUUUCUGCCCUGCUUGCAACCUGCACCGUGUUUUGUUUGUCUGUCUGCGCACCAGAGAUGAAAUCGCCGGGACUGCUGGUUCGAUACUAACAGGCAAACUCUCUCAUUAAUUUCCGCUCAUGAAGACUCCAGUUACCGCAGAAGACGCACGGAGCAGAGCCCAGAGGCAGCACCGCCGGGGCUGCGGAGUCAGGUGUUGCUGGAGGAGAGUCUGACUAGGCAUUUUCUACCCGGUGACAGAGACAAUCACAGCGGCGCAUCUUCCCGGAUAGGUGCUCCUCCUCCCCUCCCUUCUCCACUGCUGACCUCCACGGCUGCAGACCACCGACCAUGGCUCUGGUGACUCUGCAGCGCUCUCCCACCCCAAGUGCAGCAUCCUCGUCCAACAGCAGUGCGGGGGAGGAUUUCGGAAGUGACGAUGACAGGAAAAAUAAUCAGAGCCUCAGUGAGAGCUUCUUCAUGGUUAAAGGAGCUGCACUCUUCCUCCAGCAGGGCGGCAAUGCACAAGAACCAAAAACUCCAACUCACCACAAACACGCAGGUGACUUACCUCAGCACCUGCAGGUCAUGUUUAAGAUUCUCCGGACUGAAGAUCGCAUCAAGCUGGCUGUGCGGUUAGAGAGUGUACGGUCAGAUCGAGUACGUUACAUGGUUGUCAUCUAUACCAACGGCCACCAAGAUACAGAAGAAAAUAUUGUUUUAGGAAUGGACUUUACAGACAAGGACAGUAAAAACUGUUCUAUUGGGAUGGUGCUGCCACUGUGGAGUGACACCAACAUACAUUUGGAUGGUGAUGGAGGCUUCAGUGUGAACACAGCAGGGCGGUCACAUGUCUUCAAGCCUGUAUCUGUGCAGGCCAUGUGGUCUGCCCUGCAGGUCCUCCAUAAAGCAUGUGAGGUAUCGCGCCGCUUCAACUACUUCCCAGGGGGCAUUGCUCUUACAUGGAUGGCCUUCUAUGAGAGCUGCAUCACCUCAGAGCAAAGCUUCAUCAAUGAGUGGAAUGCUAUGACCGAUCUGGAGACCACCCGGUCUGAUUCUCCCACCAUGUUUGUCGACCGGCCAACAGAGCGCGAAAGAACCGAGUGCGUCAUUAAAGCCAAACUUCGCAACAUCAUGAUGUUUCAAGAUCUGGAGAACAUCACCUCAAAGGAGAUCCGAAACGAGCUGGAGCAGCACAUGAGCUGUAACCUUAAAGAAUACAAGGAGUUCAUAGACAAUGAGAUGCUUUUAAUCCUGGGACAAAUGGAUAAGGCCACACUUAUCUUUGACCAUGUUUAUUUGGGCUCUGAGUGGAAUGCUUCCAAUCUUGAAGAACUACGUGACUGCGGGGUCAGUUACAUUCUGAAUGUUACCAGAGAGAUCGACAACUUCUUCCCAGGGAUGUUUUCCUAUCACAAUGUCCGUGUGUACGAUGAGGAGGCAACUGACCUGCUCGCCCACUGGAACGACACCUACAACUUCAUUGUCAAAGCCAAGAAUAAUAAUUCCAAGUGCCUGGUGCACUGUAAGAUGGGGGUGAGCCGGUCUGCCUCUACAGUUAUUGCCUAUGCAAUGAAGGAGUAUGGCUGGCCCCUGGAGAAAGCCUACAACUUUGUCAAACAGAAGCGGAGUAUAGCUCAACCAAACGCUGGUUUCAUGAGACAACUGGCAGAAUAUGAAGGAAUCCUGGAUGCCAGUAAACAGCGUCACAACAAGCUGUGGAGGCCUGGCACUGAUGACGAGGGAUCAGAUGAAGCAUCUGGUCACUGCACUGGUGGAGAAGAGACACCAGUAUCCAGAGAGGAUGAAGCCUGGGGAGGCUGUGGGGCUUCUCCCUGCAGGGGUCUGGAAAUGGAACCGCUAGACUCCCUUAACUAUAACUAUUACUUCAGACGUUUGUCAGACUCUGCACUCGACAGUGAGCCCUCCACUCCAGUGCGGGGACCCCCUCUGCUAGGAAUGGAGAGGGUUUUCAUUGAGAUUGAAGAUGUGGAGAGAGAUGCUCUAUUGGAGGAUGAGGGUUUCCCCAUGGCCCACCUAACCCUACCUGGUGAGGGCACAGCAGCUCAAACCUGUGGGCGCCUUGAUCCCAUGGAGGACAUGAGACUGAGGCUGGAGUUCAGUACUUUGGAGGAAGAGGAUGAAGAGGAGGCCAAGAAAGAAGAAGCUGAGAUGGCAGCCUUGGCACAAACGCCUGGAAAUUCAGAUGGAAGGAAGGAAGGUGAUGAAGCUGAAAGGAGUGAGGAGAGCCGGUUGGGUUUAGCGAACCUGAACACCAACAACAGCAACCGCUUAGCUGCCAAGCGUAGCUGCCCUGCAGCGUUUGACGACAGUACUAGUACAGGGAACCCUUUAAAAGUGAAGCCCUCCUAUCAGUCAUGUAAAGACUGCAUGCGUCUACCGCAAGGACGGCGCUGCGACCGUCCAGCAGGAGGCCGUUCCCAUCGCCUUAACCCCUCCCGCCACUGCACUGUUCCCUCCAUUUGCAUAGAUCCACCAGGGACACAUUUUUCCUCCACCUCAGUUCUUCAGUCUUUGCCAACUUCUGCAGUCGUCCCACCUAACCUAGUCCAGCCCUGCACUCAUCUCUACCACUGUGCCACCUGCACCCUUGGUGACAUAUCUGCCCCUCAGACCAAUCACCAGAAACCUUUCUCACCCAUGAACUGUGAGGAUACAGAGGACAUGUACAUACUGCAGGGUGGAGACAUUCGGGAAGAGAUGUUAAGACGUAGUGCUGAGUCCAUCAACAUUACUGAUGCUGAGGGGUUAAAACUGCAACAUGGCGAUAGAGUGGAACUCCAGCAGCAGACUCUGGUCCAGCUACAAAUGCCAGGACUUGGGAUACAAUUUGGUCUUGAGUUGAUGCGACAGAGAGCAGAGCAGCUUGAGAAGCUGCCCAGCAUGACCAUGGAGGGCCAGCUUCCGGUGGGGCCCCUGCCUUGAUACAGCAACUCCUGCAUCGACUUGAUGGAAGAGGUGGCUUACCACUGCCUCAACCACUAUGAUGGCUGUGAAACAUACAAUAUCCACUUCUCCAGUGUCAUAUCAGACAUAAUGAGGCGUGCUGACUUCUGUAACAUCCAAGCCUCAUAGCUUUAUUUUCUAAGGCUACGACAGCUCUCUGCACAUUUACAGAGUUCUUGCCAUGCACAUCUGGAAUUUAGAUCUAGGUGGAGCUGCUUGUUUUUUAACCAUGCGUUUAAAAGCCUGGAUGCUCUUUAACUGCUCCUCAAAUAUAACAGAGGCACGCUUCCCCACAUCCCAGUGGGAAUGCAGUCUUAUCUUCAACAGACAGGUUUGGCAAGGCAGUGGUUUGCUGAAUCUUAUGUUGUUUUUGUCUGAUUCCACAGAGUGCUCCACUUAGCACAUUAAUGUUGAUUAAAAGUUAAAAAAAAACUGAAAUGAUAUGCUCUCGUCAGUUUGCUGUAUGUUUUCAGUUCAACUCAACAACUCCAUCCACUAUAUUCUCACAUUACCAGCCGCUUCACUCCUUUUUUUUGCAUCAGCACGGGGCAUUUGAUGUUAAAUAAUAAUUAUUUAUAUAUACAGUUAAUAUAACUAAAAAAAAAAGGACAUUGCCAUAUGUGACAGUUUUUAUGUCUCUUUGUAAGAGUCAUACCUCAGACCACAAGCAUUUCAGACUGUUUUGGUCAAAGACUGUUUUGUUCUCUGUGCUAAGUGGUUGGUUCAACCUGAACUCUAUUAAAGCUAAUGUAAUCAUGUACUUACUAGAACUCAGUUUAGCUCAUGCAUGAGUGUUGUAUUACAAAACACAUUCAACAUGUGUCGAAGCUAUCAAUAAUUUGCACCUUUUUAUUUUAUAUAUAUAUAAUAUAUUAAAUAUUUGGCAUACUAAAGGUUUUAGCAUUUGAUUAUUGGCUUAGAUUAAAUUUGUAAUAACAAAACAUGCAGCAAUUCAUCAGAAGGAUUUCAAUAUUUUUUGCUUUUCUUGCACCUGAAAGAAUGAUGGAUGAAAGGAAUAUUGGAAGAUGCUACAAUAAUCAUACAUAAGCAUGUAAACUUAACCCACAGUGAAAUAAUUUGCAAAGCGACCAAAGCCAUAACGUGCUGUUUGUACCCGUUCUGCAUUUGGGUAGUUGUUUAUAUCAAAGGCUUCUGUGAUCAACAUAACUCAGCCAUUUAGUUUUUCUUAACUUUUUGUAAAACAAAACAAAACAAAAAAAAACCCUCUAAGGCAUUUUCCCUUAUAUUUGCAAAUGUUUAAAAAUGUAAAUAUAGAUUUAGCUUCUAAGCACAACUCUAGUAUUUAUUUACUUGGUGCACAGAUGUGUUCAAUACAUACAUCUAAUAAACAUUUAAUUUUAAUUAUUUAGAGCACACUAACCCAUAAAUUGAGAGACAAUAAAAUGUCUACACCACAUUUUAAAGAAGUGAUUAAAUUAUUUGCUUCCAGCCACCAGUAGAAUCGAUCUUUGUAUACCAUGGUUUAUUUGAUUUAUUUGAUUCAAUAACCACCAGAUGGAUAAGAGUCAACAGCUGUAAAAUCUGUUGAUAACAAUUGUGAAACAAAAGACAACUUAGAAAAAAAAUGUUGGAAAAUAUUAGUUUGCAAGCCUUGAUUUCCUUAAUAUUAAAUAUCUAAAAGCAACAACUGCUGGUUAUCUACACAGCUGGUUUUAAAAUCCAUAUAAUCAUUCAUACAUUUUAUUUAAUUUUAUUUAUACAUUUGAAUAUGUUUGCAUGUCCCAAUUGCCUGAGGCAUAUUUUUAAACAAGUUAUUACCAGGUUGCUGUGCCACAAGGUGUUACUCUGCAGGUUUUUUUCUGUUUGGCUGAUAAUGUAUUCUUUUAUGGCACGCUGGGUGUGCUUAAAUGUCAUUGAUUGAUGCCUGUUUGCAAGCAGGAAAAGCACAAGAAAGUUUAUAUUACUGUGUUUUGUGCACUUCAGGUGAAAAAGAAAACUGUGCAAAGAAUGAAUGCAAAUCUUAAUGAUAGUGUUUCUAUAUUUUUGUCAAUUUAGUUUUUCAUCCUUUAGUUUAGUAGAAAAUGUUACAUUGUGUGUCUCUUCAGUUCCUUUAUAUGAGAGUGCAGCAGGAUUACUCUAGAAAUUAGAUUAAAAAUAUUUGGUUUUCCAUAAAAGCUUUCGUCUGUUUGAACAUUGCAUAACACAUAACAAAGCUGCUGAUACUACACACAUUCAGAGAUUUAGGACUAAAAUAAAUUGAAAUUAAAAAAAUGUCGGAGUUGCAAAACUGUUAAUGACUGAAAUGUUAAACAAUGGGGAAACAAUAUUCUUCAACUUUUCAGAAGUUGGAUAAAAAAGAUUGACAUCACUUUUUGGUCUGUGCUGAAAUUAACCUGUAAUUACCAAGCAGUUAGCUUAGCAUAAAGACUGGAAACACUGUCACUUCUACAGUUCAUGAACAUGUUAUUUCAUUUCUUUAAUGGAGCUAUGUGCAAGAUUUAGUAACAUGCAUAUUGAUAUUCACUUGCCACUAGAAGUCACUAAAACCUUUUCCCUUUUCCUUUUUGGACACUGAAGAAAGAUAUAUAACAUAUUUAUGAACUAUAGAAGUCUAUAGCAUACUAGUAAACUGUCUUUAUGCUAGGCUAAGCUAACAGGCUAAUGAUUAUAGCUUUACCUUUGCCUGUGCUAAAAUGAGACUAUAAUCACCACCCAGUUAGCUUAGCCUAGAAUAAAAAAUAAAUAAAUAAAGGGGUGGGCACCUUUACUUCUUCAGUUCAUAAACUGAGCUUAUUUAUUGAAAGAAGCAAUGUGUGAUAUUUAGUGAUAUCUACUGGCAAAGUUUCAGAUUGGAACACAUUGAACGACCCUUGCCACCCCAAAACAGUGACUCCUUUUUAUACUUAGCAUAGCUAACUAGCCAAAUACUGUUUGUAACUUCAUUUUCUGUUGGCAAGAGAGCAAGUAUGAAUGUCUCAGUUUCACUAAAGAGGCUGCAAUAUUAUAAGACACACAUUUUUUUUUUCUUUUUCUCUCUUUCUUUUUCUGUUUGAGCAUUAAUGCCACAAAGUCUGCCUGAGGAUUUACAGGUAUGAGUUGAAUAAGUACUUUCACCUAGGAGAGUGGAGUGCAUGUACAAUUUGGUGUCAGUACAGUAUUUAUUUAUUUUAGUUGAUUCAUGCGUUUUGUCAUUUUAUAAAUUGCUUCUUAUUAUUUCUUUUAUUUUCCUUUGAUAAGUUAGUUGAGUUUAGGUAAAUAGCAUGUUACAAAAAACUCAAUUUAUCAACUGCAUAUUCCCCAGGCAAGAAACCCACCUCAAGCAUAUGCCCGAAAAUAUGUAGACAUCUUACAAUGUUACAGCCUUUGUUGUUAAACUAAUAAAUCUUGCGUUGUAGACAAAUUAGGCAAUUAAUCAUUUUAAGUUAAGAUUGUAUCAAACAACUCCUUAAUUUGAUCCUUACCUGAGAUGUAAAAUCCUUGUUUCUCUGGACCGCCACACUACAUUUGGUUGUUUGCUUCGUGAUUUGAAUUUGCUUUGUAUUUAAGUGCCUUAACUUUGGCCGUUGCUCUAUUGUAAAGCAUAACAGCCUUUGCAGAGCUUCUGUGAGUGUGUUGGUGGUCUGGCUUUUUGUACUUUUCUUACCCUCCUAGUAAUAAUGCUUUUUGCUAUGUUUAACGUGGCACAUAAUACAGUAUAUUGUAUGCAAACACACAUAGCUCAUCCACCACAGCCUCCUCUCCCUCAUACACAUAUACUUGAUGGACUUCCGUUUAUUAAUAGCAUAUAAUAAUACUGUAUUUGUUUGAUAUUGUUGAGACUUGUGGUACAUUAUAUUGGUUCCAAAACUGAUAGAAGAACCUUAUUUGCUGGAAUGAGAACUGUUACUUGCAUCAGAAUAUGAAACAGGAUGCAUUUGUCUUUUGACAUUUACCAGUCUGUACAUAUCUUUCCUCUAUGGUACAAUUUGCUAUUUGAGUACAUCAGCUUGCAGACGUGGUCAAUAUGAAGAAAAAUAUUGAUAAUGCUACAGUGUAUUGAGAAGCUUUCAUAAGUUUUUGUGUUCAAAUUAAAGCAAAAUGACUUUAGUUAAAUUCUACUUUGGGCAAAUAUUUCAGGCCCCUUUAAAAAUGGCUGAAAGUUUUUUAGUUCAUAAGUCCCAGGCAGGUAGCAGACAGCAACAAGACAAUCGUAGUUAAGAAAGCUUUCAGGACAUUAAGCAUAAUAUAAUUUAAAAGGGUCUGAUAUUUACUGAAUGUACUUAACGGAGCACAAGUCUACUCUGAAGCAUGUGAGGUUGUGAUGAAUGGAAAAUGAAGAAAAUAUAAAACCUUCCUGGGAGUAUUUUUGUUGUUUUUUUAAUGAUUUUAUUUUUACUUUUCUGUACUGUACUGUACAAUGCCAAUGUUCAUGUGUAUGCACUUUUCUUUUUUUUUUACAUUUUGUUAAAAUGGUGUCCAGUCUAAUGUUCAUCAUGCAAAUAAACAAUUUCUUCCGCAUAA